AUGAACUCACUCAAAGGCGAAGCAUCCAAACACUCUCACAUCCGUCUGCUGCUGCUGUGUUUGGGGAUCCUCUGCAUCCUCCUUGUGGUGACAGUCAUCGUCGUUGUUGUCUACUUCUUCUUAGUCACUGAGGAGAAGGACAAGCAGGCAGCAAACCUCACAGCAGAAAACAAGCAGCUGAUCAGAGACUUGGUAAAUAUGACAGAGGAGCUGAUCAGAAACAAGAAUACGACAGAUGAGCUGAUGAGAGACUUGAAGAACACGACAGAGGAGCUGAACAGAAACAAGAAUAUGACAAAGGAGCUGAUGAGAGACAGAGAUGAUCUCAACUACACCCUGAGAGCCAUCCUCAAAUACGACUCAUUCCCAGUGUCGGCUUUCUGCUCUGGACUGACUUUCACAUUGUCCCAUCUCUGCUCUUUUCCGGUGGUUUCAGACUGUAAUCCGUGUCAGAGUGGGUGGCUUCUGUUCCAGGGUAAAUGCUACCUGUUUUACAACCAAAAGGACCCGUGGAAAACUUGGCAGCAAAGCCGAGAGAUGUGCCAAAAUAAUUCUUCAGAUCUGGUUAUUAUCGACAGCCCGGGGGAACAGGAAUUCAUCAGUAAUCACACAGAGUACUACUUUGACCAACAUCACGGAUACUGGAUUGGGCUGAAAGAAAGUAACAACACCUGGUUCUGGGUCAAUGGACGCAAUGUCACUCUGGAGUACUGGGCAGCGGGUGAGGAGGCAGGGGACCAAUGUGUACAGUUGAUCCACGAUAAACCUCUCAAAGAAAACUGGAAAAAAAACAAAUGUUCAAUGAAGAACAGGUUUGUCUGUGAGACGGAAGCCCUGAUCAGACUCUGA